GUAGAAUGUGUUCAGCAGAGAGUGAACUAGUUUAGGAGCUCGGGUUAAGGUUGUUCUAGGCGGAAACCAUCCUCUAGGAGCUCUACAGGAAGACGAAUAAGAUGGAGGAGGUGUUCGAAGUAGGACGGGACCCAGCCAACAUGGACCAGGGCAUGGAUGAUGUACUACUGCCUGAUGUUCCUGAGGAUAUGCAGCAUAAUCCAGCUUUCCAGGUUGAGAUCCAUGAAGGUCAAGGAUUAGGUCUUCUUCCAGAUUAUCAGGAUCCGUUUGCUGAUCAUGGUUUUCUAGCUCCUGGUAUACCAGAACCCCUUGCUCCAGAAGCACUAGUUGGUCACGAGGUUGAAGCCGGCGGCGGAAUGAAUCCUCCAGUUCCUCAACCACGGCAGCUGCUUCUCCGCCACGCCUCCCAGUCCAGUCUAGACGAAUCGUCUCAAAAAUUCAGCGGCAAGUCCGGGGAAACACGUCGACCUCCGUACAAGAAUCCUAAUCAUCCUUUAAAGAUCGUGGACGGAAUGAACAGUUUACGGUCUGCUGGUCUACUAUGUGAUAUAACCCUGGUGGCUGAGAACCUUGAGAUCAAGGCUCAUAAGAUGAUCCUAGCUUCCUGCUCUCCUUACUUCUUCGCUAUGUUUACAGGGUUUACUGAGAGGGACAGCAGCAGGGUGAAUAUAAAGGGAGUAGAUCCUGAAGCACUCACAACACUCAUAGACUACGUUUAUACAUCGCAGGAAUCAUAUAUAGAAUGUCAUUUUACCGAAGUGUUGGAAUGUGAUGAAUUCUUCAGUCUAUCUGCAGACCAGGUUGCACAACUAAUCUCCAGUGAUACAAUUACAGUGCCUAAUGAGGAGAAGGUUUUUGAAAGUGUUAUUUCCUGGAUACAAUUCGAACCAGACUCCAGAUCUCAGUUCCUUUCUGUUCUAAUGGAACAUGUCAGGCUUCCCCUUCUUGCCCAGGAAUAUCUUAUACAGAGAGUUACCACAGAAAAUCUACUAAAAACGAAUGAUGUCUGCAAGGAUUAUAUCAUUGAAGCGAUGAAGUUCCACUUACUGAAAGGUGAUCUCAAGCUCCAGAUGUCAUUGACCUCCCCUAGAACUAAACCUAGACAGCCUGUUGGUCUCCCGAAGGUCUUGCUUGCCAUUGGUGGCCAAGCCCCAAAAGCUAUUAGGUCGGUUGAGUGCUAUGACCUGAAAGAAGAAAGAUGGAUUCAUCUGACCGAGAUGCCCGGAAGGAGAUGUCGAUGUGGUGUAGCGGUCGUCAGAGGUCGAGUGUACGCAGUUGGUGGGUUUAAUGGUAGCCUGCGGGUUAGAACAGUUGACGUGUACGAUCCAACCAAUGAUACCUGGUCCAGUAUUGCAAGUAUGGAAGCUAGAAGGUCAACCCUGGGAGUAGCAGUCUUGAACGAUUUUAUCUACGCUGUAGGAGGUUUUGAUGGAAGUGCAGGACUAAAUACAGCAGAGGUGUUAGAUAUGACUGUAACUGGGAGUCAUGAGUGGCGAAGUAUUGCUCCAAUGUCAACAAGAAGGAGUUCUGUUGGAGUAGGAGUCCUUGGUGGUCUUAUAUACGCAGUAGGAGGAUAUGAUGGAAACUCCAGACAAUGCCUCUCAAGUGUAGAGGUGUACAACCCUGAGCAGGAUAUUUGGUGUCCUGUGACCGAUAUGUUUGCCCGGCGGUCAGGGGCCGGGGUUGGUGUACUGAACGGGCUUCUUUACAGUGUUGGUGGUCAUGAUGGUCCGGUUGUCAGGAACUCAGUAGAAUGCUAUAAUCCGGAUACUAACAGAUGGGCCCCGGUGGCUGAAAUGAAUUAUUCUCGAAGAAACGCUGGUGUAAUAGCUCACAACGGUGUGCUCUACGUUAUAGGUGGAGACGAUGGAACAUCAAACCUGUCUUCAGUAGAGGUACUUGGUUGGUUGAUUGGUUAGUUAGGAGAUUGAGAG